AUGCGACAGGGCGCCGCGCCGCCGGCAUCAUGCGCCCCCCGCCCGCGCUGGCCCUGGCCGCGCUCUGCCUGCUGGCGCUGCCCGCCGCCGCCGCCGCCGCCUACUUCGGGUCAGUGCCCGCCGCGCCCCGGCCCGCCUGCCUUCCCCUCCUCCCGCUGCAGCAAGGCCAACUUUUCCCUUCCGCUGGCCCUGGCCCCGGCAGGAUCUCGAACUCAGACCUUAGCCCCGGUGAUACCCAGCCCCAUCUCGGGGUCGGAGUUCGCGCCCAGAACUCCUUCUCUGGCUUCCCCGACUCGGACCCGGAUCCCACCUUCUAGCGUCCGAGCUCUGGUCCCCUUCACCGCCGCUCUUCUCACCCUGUCCUGUCCGAGACCUCAUCCCGCCCACUCGGCCGGGUCUCAGACCCCCACCCAAGCUCCCGGACUCUGCAGGCGUUUCGCACCUUGUCCCCGUCCUCCCCGGGGCUCCCUGUCCCUGCCUGUCCAAGGCGUCCCUCCCGCGCUCGGAUGCCCUCUCGGAUCCUCACUCGGUGCCCUGUCCGCCCCAAUCCUGGGCUCUGUCCAGCCACCCGUCCUUGCCUGGGGCUCCCUCGCGACCCUCUGCCUUCGCCCCGCAGAGCGGAGACCCGGAGGGCUGGCUGGAUGGGUGGGCCUAACCGGGCGGGAGGUCCUGACACCCUUCCCGGGUCUGGGCACUGCCCCUGCCCCAGCACAGGGUGGGGCCCACCUGAAGCAGUGUGACCUCCUGAAGCUGUCCCGCCGGCAGAAGCAGCUCUGCCGGCGGGAGCCAGGCCUGGCUGAGACCCUGCAGGAUGCCGCACACCUCAGCCUGCUCGAGUGCCAGUUCCAGUUCCGGCAUGAGCGCUGGAACUGCAGCCUAGAGGGGAGGACGGGGCUGCUCAAGAGAGGUUUCAAGGAGACGGCCUUCCUGUACGCGGUGUCCUCGGCCGCCCUCACGCACACUCUGGCCCGGGCCUGCAGCGCCGGGCGCAUGGAGCGUUGCACCUGUGAUGACUCUCCAGGCCUGGAGAGCCGGCAGGCCUGGCAGUGGGGCGUGUGCGGCGACAACCUCAAGUACAGCACCAAAUUCCUGAACAACUUCCUGGGGCCCAAGAGAGGAAGCAAAGACCUGCGGGCACGGGUAGAUGCCCACAACACCCACGUGGGCAUCAAGGCCGUGAAGAGUGGCCUCAGGACCACGUGUAAGUGCCACGGCGUGUCGGGCUCCUGCGCCGUGCGCACCUGCUGGAAGCAGCUCUCCCCGUUCCGCGAGACAGGCCAGGUGUUAAAGCUGCGCCACGACUCAGCCGUCAAGGUGUCCAGCGCCACCAACGAGGCCUUGGGCCGCCUGGAGCUGUGGGCACCGGCCAGAGCAGGCAGCUCCACCAGGGGCCCGGCCCCACGGCCCGGGGACCUGGUCUACAUGGAGGACUCACCCAGCUUCUGCCGGCCCAGCAAGUACUCGCCCGGCACAGCGGGCAGGGUGUGCUCCCGGGAGGCCAGCUGCAGCAGCCUGUGCUGCGGGCGGGGCUAUGACACCCAGAGCCGCCUGGUGGCCUUCUCCUGCCACUGCCAGGUGCAGUGGUGUUGCUACGUGGAGUGUCAGCAGUGCGUGCAGGAGGAGCUCGUGUACACCUGUAAGCAUUAG